GAAAACAUUAAUAGCCUUGCCGAAGAAAUGAAGGCUUUCUUGGAAAGCAAGGAAGGAGUUAAAGGGCUGGUGGACUCCGGGAUUACCAAGAUUCCCAGUUUCUUCAUCCGUCCUGCAGAUUCCAUGGAUGCCACCUUAGCCGCGCCGCACCUUCAGAUUCCGGAAAUAGACCUCAAAGGCUUCGAGGGCGAGCACAGAAGGGAAAUCGUGGAUGCCAUACGUGAUGCAGCUCAAACUUGGGGCUUCUUCCGAAUGGUAAAUCACGGCGUUCCGGUUCCCACUAUGGAAAAUAUGAUAGACGCCAUUCGUCAGUUCCAUGAACAACCUCAAGACGUGAAGAAAGCUUGGUAUUCACGUAACGAAAGCGGACAGAGGCUCGUCGACUGUAAUACCAACAUAAAAGCGGCAGCAUGGAGAGAUACUCUGGUAGUUGAAUUCCCAGAUGGAGAAAUAAACGAACAAGCUAUACCUCAAGUUUGCAGGAAGGCAACGAGUGAGUACAUGAAACACAUAGUGCAACUGAAGGAUACAUUAUCUGAACUGAUAUCGGAGGCUUUGGGGCUAAGGAGACACUACUUGGCAAGCAUUAAAUGCAUGGAACGUGCUCUUAUUCAAUGCCAUUAUCAUCCUUCAUGUCCUCAGCCUGAGCUGACCUUAGGCACAUCCACCCAUACCGAUGCAUCGUUUUUAACUAUACUUUUGGAAAAUAAUAUCGAUCGAUUCCAAGUUCUUCAUCAGGAUCAGUGGGUCAAUGUGCCUCAUCGCCAUGGAUAUCUAAUUGCCAAUAUUGGCGACCUUUUGCAGAUUGUUUCAAAUGACAAGUUCAAAAGUGUAAUACAUAGAGUAUUAGCCGGAAGAGUGGAUCCAAGAAUCUCUGCUGCAUGUUUCUUUGCUCCGAUGCCUGCUCUUAAAGAUAAACCAUAUGGAGCAGCCGAGGAACUUGUGACGGCGGAUAAUCCACCCGUUUACAAAAGAACAAGCUUGCACCAAUAUCUCUCUUGUUACAAGUUGAAUGGAAAAGAUGCCAGGCUAGUCCUCCCUCAUUUUAAGAAUUCAUGUCAUGUGGAGUAAUCUUAAAUCCCUAAAAGGAUACCGGUGCUACUAGCUACG